CUAGACACACACGUGACCGGGCGCGUCAAUGCGCACUGGAGACUGGAGACGGAGCAAGGGCACCCAAACCAUCCGCCUCAUUUGCAGAGCCUUUACCCCCUCAAGAUCACUGCUCGGUUCGCUUUCUUCCUCACCCGGACACGGAAACUUCGCGUGAGAUACGAGGUUGGAUUAUUUUAUCCGAGGGAUUGGCUACUAAAAUAGGUUACAAGGCUCGCCGCGCGGACGUAACCCGAGGGUCUCUCUCUGCGCUUUCAAACGCAACUCAACUCGGGUUAGAUAUUCAGUCUGGAUCAGACCUGGAUUUGCUCCCUGGCUUUUUGGACGAGGCUCAUUCCUUCCAGCAUUUCCCCGAAGACCACAUCCUCUGCAGACGAGUGUCAUAUUUAGAUGAUAAGGGAUAAAAAAUAAUAAUUAAAAAAAAAACACAAGCCUUGUCAGAGCCUUACUCCGUACCGUCGGAUCAAGGAUUUGUGGAUUAAUGCUCUUCAAGACACCGGGGCGAGCUUCGGUUUUCAUGGAAUAAUAGUGAUAGCGUUUAGCCUUAAUUAGGCCCGUAUCAAAUUUCCAUAUAGCACCCAGACGCGUAGAUGAAGAGACGUUCUGACCAUGCUUAUACAGUUGAAAUCAGCACGAAGUGUAUUUUAGUUCAGAGUAAGCUUAAACAGUUGCCUGCAUGUCGCCAAGUGAAUAAUUGUAACGUAUUUGGGCUACAUGCUGCUGUGGUGUAGCGAUUUUCAAGCGUCCCCGGUGCUGUCCCGCCGUUAUAAAUGUUUAUAAGCUGCUAGGCGGGCUGUUCGAGUCUUAAAUACCUUAAGGUGAUGGUUACUUAUCCCCUAAGGAAAAGGUGGACUGCCACAUGAACCCUGACUGCUUUUCAGAGAUCUAGUUUAUAGGGCUAGGCAACGGAGACUGGCGUAUGCUACAGAUUGCCUCUGCUUAUCCGGCUCCCAGUUUUUCCACCGUAUUAUCUCAGGCUGCUUGUCAUUGCCUGGACACGGAUCCCGGAAUCUUCAUGAUUUGCGGACACCAUGCUCGUUUUUUAGCCGGGGAACCCUCUUUUCGUCCCGCAUGUUUAGGACCAAACGAUCGGGGCUCGUCCGGCGACUCUGGAGGAGCCGUGCGCCCGCCGAGGGCGACGGGGACGCGGAUAGAGGGACGCAUGGCUCCGGGGGCUGCUGCAUGGGCAAAACGACAAAGGUCUCCAAGUCCAACGCCGGGUCGGAGGCUGAAUUGAAGGCGUUGACCCACUCGAUACUGAAAAAGAUCAAAGAGAAACAAUUAGAGGUGCUCUUGCAGGCGGUGGAGUCCAAGGGGGGUGCCCGAAGCCCCUGCUUGCUCCUGCCUAGCAAAGUGGACGCCAAAGUGGGUCAACAGUCUUACUCCCUCCCCUUGCUGCUCUACAAAGUGUUCAGGUGGCCGGACCUCAGGCAUUCCUCGGAGCUGAAGAGGCUGUCUUGCUGUGAAUCUUAUGGGAAAAUCAACCCAGAGCUCGUUUGCUGCAAUCCGCACCACAUGAGCAGGCUUUGUGAACUCGAGUCUCCUCCUCCUCCAUAUUCGCGUUAUCCCGUGGACUUUCUUAAACCACCAGAUUCUCCAGACUCUGGACCUUCAUCCAGUGACACUGGGGGAACGACCUACUCAGCCCCCGUGGGGCUUUCAGAUUCCCUGGCUUUGCAGGAGUCGGGCGAGCGGGCCCACUGGUGCGUGGUGGCGUACUGGGAGGAGAAGACCCGCGUCGGGCGCCUCUACUCGGUCCAGGAGCCCUCCCUGGACAUCUUCUAUGACCUACCUCAGGGGAACGGCUUCUGCCUGGGCCAGCUCUGCUCAGACAACAAGUCCCAGCUGGUGCAGAUGGUGCGGGCCAAGAUCGGCUAUGGCAUCCAGCUGACGCGUGAGCCAGACGGGGUGUGGGUCUACAACCGCAGCUGCUACCCCAUCUUCAUUAAGUCGGCCACACUGGACAACCCGGACUCGCGCACGCUGCUGGUGCACAAGGUGUUCCCCGGUUUCUCCAUCAAAGCGUUUGACUUUGACAAGGCCUGCAGCCUGCAGAGGCCCAACGACCACGAGUUCACGCAGCAGCCCCGCACGGGCUUCACAGUCCAGAUCAGCUUCGUCAAAGGCUGGGGACAGUGCUACACCAGACAGUUCAUCAGUAGCUGCCCGUGCUGGUUGGAAGUCAUCUUCAACACCCGAUAGCAGCAACCCUCCUCUUCUUCGCCCUCCUCAUCCCCUUGUUCCCCCCCCCCCCCCGCACACACACACACACACAAACAGACUACACCCACUUCUCCUUUUUUUGUUCCCGAGGUUCAAAACGAAAAACAAAACAAAACAAAAAAGUUUUAAAGAAGAAGAAACUAUAAAAUUCUGACGGACUCUGUUUAAUAAAUAACUAAGAUUUAAUUAAAUAAAAUAAGAAGCGAAAAAAAUGUAUUUUAUGUUAUAUAUAAAUAUAUUAUUACUUGUAAAUACGAAGACGUUUUAUAUGCAUCAUUAUUUAUGUAUUGUGCAAUGUGUUGAUGAGAAAAAGAAAAUAAGAUGCACUUUGCUUAAUAUAAAUGCAAAACAAAGAAAUGCCAAAAUAAUAAAAAAAAAAAUACAAAUACAGAUA